CAGUUGACAUUCCCACUCUGCGCCCUCCACCCCUUCUGGUAUAGUGGGGUGAAGCACUUUGCGUCAACUGUCCCACCUUCUGACGAAGUCCAAACCCUCAGGGUUCAAACCAUGCUUGUCCUGCAAUGGACUGAUCACCUCCCUCAGGGAUGGACACAGCAGAAGCCUCUUCUGCCUAAGAGAGAGCCACAUUCCCAGGUUUUUGUAACAAGAAGCAGCAACCUUUUCAUCGGGUGGAAGACGAAACAGUGGAAAAGAACUGUGUACCAUGUGUUAAUAUAUUGAAGAGUGAGAAUUCUUGGAUUUAGUGUGUUUUUGGAUUGUAAAAAGGGAAAGAAAAGGAGAGAGUGAAAAUGGGGAGGAAGAAAAUACAAAUCACAAGAAUAAUGGACGAACGGAACAGACAGGUGACCUUUACGAAGAGGAAAUUUGGAUUAAUGAAGAAGGCAUACGAACUUAGUGUGCUCUGUGACUGUGAAAUAGCACUCAUCAUUUUUAACAGCUCUAACAAACUCUUUCAGUAUGCCAGCACUGAUAUGGACAAAGUUCUACUCAAAUACACAGAAUACAAUGAACCCCAUGAGAGCAGAACCAACUCGGAUAUCGUUGAGACUUUAAGAAAAAAAGGCCUUAAUGGUUGUGAGAGCCCUGAUGCUGACGAUUACUUUGAGCACAGUCCACUAUCGGAGGACAGAUACAGCAAACUAAAUGAAGAUAGUGAUUUUAUUUUCAAGCGAGGCCCUGCUCUGAACAAGAAGGAACACAGAGGGUGUGACAGCCCGGACCCUGACACUUCAUAUGUGCUCACGCCACAUACAGAAGAAAAAUAUAAAAAAAUUAAUGAAGAGUUUGAUAAUAUGAUGCGGAAUCAUAAAGUCGCACCUGGCUUGCCUCCCCAGAACUUUUCAAUGUCUGUUACGGUUCCAGUGUCCAAUCCCAAUACUUUAACCUACAGUAACCCAGGGAGUUCCCUUGUAUCCCCAUCACUGGCAGCCAGUUCAUCAUUAGCAGACACGACCAUGCUCUCCCCACCUCAGGCCACAUUACAUCGAAAUGUAUCACCCGGAGCCCCUCAGAGACCGCCAAGUACUGGCAAUGCAGGUGGUAUUUUGGGUACGGCAGAUCUCACUGUGCCAAAUGGAGCUGGUACCAGUCCAGUGGCUUCUUUUUCAGAUUACUCCUUGACUAGUGCAGACCUGUCUGCCCUGCAGGGCUUUAACUCCCCAGGAAUGCUGUCUUUAGGACAGGUAUCUGCCUGGCAACAGCACCAUCUAGGGCAAGCAGCCCUUAGCUCUCUUGUUGCUGGAGGCCAGUUAUCUCAGGGUUCAAAUUUAUCCAUUAAUACCAACCAAAACAUCAACAUAAAGUCCGAACCAAUUUCACCUCCACGGGACCGUGUGACUCCAUCUGGGUUCCCUCCGCAGCAGCAGCAGCAAUCACGGCAGGAAAUGGGUCGUUCCCCUGUUGACAGUCUCAGUAGUUCCAGCAGUUCUUAUGAUGGCAGUGACCGGGAGGACCCAAGAAGUGAUUUCCAUUCACCUGUUGGGUUGGGAAGACCACCAAACACAGAAGAUAGAGAGAGCCCAUCAGUGAAACGAAUGAGGGUGGACACAUGGGCAACAUAAACUUUCAGCAUUGCCACUUCUAUUUUGUGUUAUCACAGUGAACUGUCCUGACAUAUCUAAAUAUAUAAAGGAGGACAUGAAAUAAAUAUAUUUAUAUGUAUAUACAUACAUGCAUAUAUAUAUAUAUCUUCACAUGUGUAUAUAUAUGUGCGAGUGUAUGUAGCAUACACAAAAUCAUCAGGCACUUACUACAAACUCCUUGUAUAGCUGCAGAUGUCCCAUGGUAAAAAUAUAACAAAACAAUCCUAUAGGUAUUGGUCUAGUCUGGCACUUACCCGGACAUGCUGUUUUAAUAAUAUAACCUGUUCUGCAAAGAAACAUUGUACCCAUCUAUAAUCCUGCCACACUAGAUUGCAGAAACCAAGAGGGCUCCCCUGUAGUAAUGUCCCCAUGUGUUUUAUUAAAGCUGUAUGGUUACUUGUAGUUAAGAAACAAUGCUUUGUAGCAGCAGAGCAGUAGAAAAGCAGGAAAAAGAAAGCAAUACUGUACAUAAAAUGUCCUUUAUAUUACCCAACCUGGCAUGGGUCUCUGUUGCAGAGAGUGCAUGGCGAAGGGCUGAAGGUAUAAAAACCUGUUUUGCACGUGCAAAAAAAAUGUAUUGGGUCAAAGAAGUGGUUCUUAAAAAAAAAAAAAAAAAAGUGUGAGAGAGAGAAGACAUAGAGAACUCGCAUGAAAUAUUCAGAAAAUAGCCUAGAAAAUAGAGCAUUAACAAAAUAAAAUUAAUAUAUUAAGUUAUAAUUGGAAUAUGUUUGAAAAGUUUCUUUUUACGUUCUAUCUUUGAAAAAUAUAGAAAGAAACGGAUUAGCUCAUGUAUAUUUUAUAUUAAAGAAAACAAUACCCUUAUGAAUUGAAGACUAUAUAUAAAAGUUAUAUACAGUACUUUUGGACACAUUCUGCUAUGAAUUAUUUAUAUAAGCCAAAGCUGUAUGAUGUAGCUUUUUGUAGAGUAUAGUUUUAUCUUGUUAUUUUGACUUUCUAGUUUUUUGCUUUCAGAAGAGGGAAAAAAAAAACUUGCAGGCAGAACGCUGGGGGAAAAAUAAGCCAUGAACACUUAUUAUUCUAUAUGUAAAUUAAAAUUUGAGCCAAACUCUUUGUGUAUAUAGCAUCUUAAAUAUACCACCUUUGGUGUAAGUACCUAUGUAUUGUACGUUCACCAGAUUAAAAAGUAUAUUUUUGUGGAUUGACGCCAACUUGAAAAAAAGGCGAGGUCCUUAUUAAGUAGAGUAUUCACUGUUUAAUAUUUACUAUUUUGUUAAAUAUACUGUACUUUCUUUGGAUUUUAAUUAUUAUUAAUAUUAUUAUCCAGAUUUUUCAGAGGAUGUAUAAAGGGGUUGUCCCCUUCACUGGUGGUGAAUGUGUGCCGUUAAAAUGUAAUCUCUGUGCUGUAUGGUUAAGCUUCAUUAUACAUUUUAUAUAUAUGUAUAUAAAUAGCAAAGUGGCAAAAAAAAAAACCAACAAAAAUCCGGUGUUAAGUUCAUCCCACAUAAAUAUUAAAAAUCUGUUAAAACACAUUUUAAGGCAUUAUUUUAAAACUGCCUCUUGUGAGAAAAUAUUCAGUGGAAAAACUUGACCUAAUUACUUAUGUUAGGGAAAUGAUAACACGUAUCAGAUGAGCACAAAAGGUUUUGUAAGUGGUAAGUGGUUUGGGACAAAACAUUUGCUUUGGAAAUAAAUCCUCUCAUGUCUCCUUCUAAUGUUCAAAAAAAUUGAGCAAGAAAUCCAAAUGCCCAACAUGCUGUGUAUCUGGUUAGUAGCUAAAGUUCUGAUCCUGCAAUUCUUUCUCAUGCAAGGAGGCUCACUAAUGCAAGAGUAAGGGUUUGCAAGAUCUGGCUCCAAUACAGCAGCAAAUUCUCCCAUCAUUCAGGGAUGUUAGGAGUACCAUAAUCUCUGCUUUUAAACUGAUAUUGCUAUUGCUAAUCUAUUGAAGUUUGGCAAAGAUUUACUUAAAACUGGAUCUGUACAGAGUAAGUCGCUAAGGGGGGGCCAAAAAUCUGACACAAUUCGCUUUGCUUUAGUAAGUAUGUGCUUAACUUAUGUUUUGAGUUAAAACUCUGUGUGCUUUCAAAUCCCUACUACUUCUCUUGUCAUCCUGUGUAUGCAAUAUUAUUAUAUCCCUCCUCACUACGAACAAAAUAAAAUGUAGACUUUUAAGAAACAUAAAUCUAACUACUAGCCACUCUAAUUUUGGGAAAAAUUGAAGUUGUUUUAUGUGUCACACAAAAUUCUUUGAAGUUAAUUCUAUAUAUUUAUUGAAACAUUUUUCUCUUGGGCAUUCAACACUUUUUAAGGAAAUUUUCUAGUAACGUCACUCAGUUGAUGCUAUAAUUAAAAAAAACAUGAGGUAGAAAUGGAAAUCCAGUGUGUAUAGCCAUCUCCUUGACAUCUGCUUGUACACGGAAUGAUCCAAGAACAAAUGUACUACAGGUGGAUUUCAAGACUAAAUCUGUUGUGUUGUCAGUGUAACUUAAAAUUACAGAAUUUUUUAAAACAUUUGAGGCAAACUUUGACUUCCUUUCAAAUUAAUCUACAUUUAGUAAAUUGAAACUAGAGUAGUCACUGCAACAGAAGAGCCUACAGAGGAUUUCAAUUUUCAAAUGAAAACUGCAUUUCCAAAGUAUUUCAGUUCACUUACCGUUUCACGGAACCUUUAAUGCUUUGAAAAGUUAUGUGAUUUUUUUUGUUAUUUAUGCACGUAUAUGAACUUUGCUGUACAUUUGAGUGGGAGUUCUGCAUUCACAUUUACUGUCUAUUUUCUUGUGUGCCUUAUGAGAUGGCUUUGCUGACUGUAUGUCAAUAGUCUUUAUUUCUAUGCAGGUUUGUAAGCAGUACUAUUACUGUUUUCUAAAACAAUGUUACAUAAGGUUUGGAGUUUGUAUUUAAAUCACACCAACUGACUAAUGUAAAACUUGUGCAAUUCUUAGGAAUUGAGGAUCAGACUGUUAACCUGUUGCCCAUAGCCCUGUAAUGGACUCCAGUAGAUAAGUCUCUGCAACAACAUCCCAUCUAUCUGUGGAAGAACUCCACACCAUGAAAAUCAUAGGAGAACUCAGAUUUUUAAUAACACUAAUCGUGUAAGUUUGGAACAUACUUUUUUUUUUUUUUUUAGGAGAUGUAAAAGUGUUUUGUAGAAGAAAGGACACAGCACAGGAGAACAUUUCAGCAAUUAAAAAAAUCAAUAUAGCAUUUUUUAUUAAGUAAAUUUAAUAAAUGCAGUUCAAGGUAGGGUUGCAAAUAGAUCAAAUCUAGUAUGAACCUACUUGGCUGGUAUUGAUUCACGAGAGUUGUACCUGCUAAAAUGACAAAUCAUCUUUGAGCUCUAACUAAUAGUAUUUAAAUAUAUAUAUAAAUCAGGGGUUUGUUGGAGAAAAAUGCUUUAGCAUUUCCUUUUAUUGUAAAGGACACUAAUGCAUCAAAAACUUUUCUGAAUUAUUAUGCGCACAAGAAAUAUAUAGUAAAUAAGGAACAUAAUAACUCCUAGCAGUUGAUCGUGGGAAGAAGUUAAAUUAGAAUGUGAAAGAAAGACUUAUAAAUGUAAACAGUUACUUCUUAGUAGAAACUUUCUUCACUUUGCUGUGCAAGAGAACACUGCUUUGCUAUAUUUAAAAUGGCUUUUUUAAAAGAGAUUUAUGUAUUUGGUAAAUGUUUGUAGUCAACAGUUCACACAAGAAGCUGUUCACGGUUUAAUGAUAAGCCGUUUGGCGGCACAAGCUGGACUUUGUUGCCAUCCUUGAGACGAAUCUUUUAAGAAAAAAAUAAGUUAAUCUCAAUUUUUCCCUGAAUGUGUUGUUUUUCUUCAUUAUACAAUAAAUAUUCUAGUGAACUUUUUAUCAAAUGGUUAAGAAAAUGCUAGAAGUUGUUGUAAAAUAUUUGUAUCCUGCAUUCACUAAAGUAAAAAUACUGGCUUUUACUGUGUA